UUGGGUUUGGACCGUUUUUGAUUUCUUUGAUCGAAGAUUGAAUUUUGAAAUUCUGGGUUUUUGUUGCACGAAAUCAGUGAUCUUUGACAAUUUUGUAUCAACUUCUAAUGUGAUGGUGAAUGCCGGUGGAUUGGUGGAUCAAAGAAAGGAUAUUAUGAAGAUUAAACAUGCAAACGUCAAGGUGAGAUACGUUAAGAAACCCAUCAAGAAGAGCAACAAGAAAACAAAAGAUCCCAGAUUACUGCAAAAGUUAUUUGAUUCAUGUCGGGAAGCGUUUAAGGGCCCUGGAACUGUUCCUGCUGAUUCUGAUGUAAACAAACUAUGCAGCAUUCUCGAUAAGAUGAUACCAAAGCAUGUGGGGCUUAGCAAAAAUAUGCACUUCUUCAAAUCCAAGAGUGCGGUGAAAGGAACUCCAAGAGUUGCAUAUACAGCCAUAUACCAAUGCCAUGAGUUCUCGAUUUGUAUCUUCUUUCUUCCAGCAAAUGCUGUCAUCCCUCUCCAUAACCAUCCAGGGAUGACUGUUUUCAGCAAGCUUUUAGUGGGAAAACUGCAUAUAAAAUCCUAUGACUGGGUUGAUCAUCCCAAUUCUCAACACCCUAUGGCAAUGCCACCUAGUUCCCAGCUGAGAUUGGCAAGGUUGAAAGCCGAUGGUGUGAUAAAAGCGCCAUGCGAGACGUCGGUGUUGUAUCCCACAACAGGAGGUAAUAUCCAUGAAUUCAGAGCCAUAACACCAUGUGCGGUGCUUGAUGUUCUUGGCCCUCCUUACUCUAAAGAAGAUGAUCGGGAUUGCUCCUAUUACAAAGAUUUACCAGUCUUACAUGGAGUGAAUGAAGAAGAUGAUUUAAGAUGGUUGGAAGAAAAUCAAGCGCCGGAGAAUUCAGAGAUGGAUAGAAUUGAGUACUUGGGUCCUCAGCUCAUAGAAUCUACUUUGUUAUAAAUAUUUAUUUAUUUU